UCUCUCUCUCUCUCUCUCUCUCUCUCUCUCUCUCUCUCUCUCUCUCUCUCUCUCUCUCUCUCUCUCUCUCUGUGCGUGCGUGUGUGUAAAAGCAGGAUAUUCAAGCUCAGUUGACGAAGAGAUCCUUGACAAAAUGUCUUUGGACUGAAUGUGUACCUCAACAACUUAAAUAUUCUGUUGUUAAUCUGCUUUCGUAGAAGAAAUGUGUAGAAAUUAAUUUUCCCGUAGAAAAUAAUUCAUUAAUGAAGUUCAGAACUUUCUUAAUAUAUUGCUUUAUAAAUGAAUUUUGUGUGCUAAUUAUUAACUGGAACAUCGAUUUAGCAAGACAAGCGUUCGUUAUGUUGUCAGUUUAACGUAGAUCGAGGAGUGAACUUUCUUAUCGCAUUCCGUUUAUAUCUCGAUCGCAGACAAAUAAGCAUUUAAACUACUUUAUUUCUCAAACUCCACCAGUAAUGAUGUCUCCGUUUUUCUUACUGAUUUCUGUUCUGCCAGCGGUGUUAUGCAGAGCGACCACUCCUGCCCCUUGCUGUAUAGGCCAACAGUUCUCCGCUACCAUUGAUGAAACCGGAGGACGGCCUGAUCCAAAUACGGGAGGUAAAUUCAUUGAUCAAUCACUUUUUCUGCAAUUUGACUACACCAACAAGAGGACAUAUGUGGAGGGAACCACUAAGGUGGGCGACACCAUGUACCCGUACAAGGUCGUCAACGACUACGCAGCGAACCAAACUUAUUCUUUAGUGAACGGGGCGUGUUAUACAGUAGGAGCACCUUCAUUUCCUCUCCAGGACCCUUGUCAACUCACUCACGCCCGGUUCGUUGAAUCGUCACAGCUGGGCUCCCCCGCUCAUCACAUUACCGUCAACACCUUUGCAUUGGAUACGCCCGGAUUCAGUGUCAAGGCCGUUCUGACCGCGGACGGAACCUGUACCCCUGUCAUGGAGUCCCUUGUCGGCGAUAUUGGAGGAGUACCGCAGCAGCUGACCUUGUUCUUCUCCAAUUACACCCGAGGAAUUACGAAGGCCUCCGUGUUCACCUUUGACAGAUCAACGUGUGGGCCCGUGCCAAGUGCACCAACAUCUUAAUAAAGUCUUAUCAGCCUA